AUGUCCCCGCCUCACAAAGUAGUCAUAAUGCAAGAAGUACAACAACUCAGUACUUCACUUCUCAAAUUGUCCAAAAACUGCAAGAAUCAUCCAGAUCAAAAGAUAAUACUGUACUGCUGUCAACAUGACAAGCUUAUCUGCGAUUCAUGUCUUCCGAUAUCACAUCAACAUUGCAAGUCUAUCAUUUCAAUUGAAAAAGCUGCUAGAGGCGUGAAAGAUGGUACCGCUUUUUCUGAUCUUGAGAGAAGGAUUUCCGACCUAUGUCAGGUUACAGAGAACAGAUUGAGUGAAUGCGAAAAAACACUUGUAGAUUUGGAAAAAAAUCGUACGAAAAUAAAGGAAAGGGUGUCGGAAAUCAAACAGAAAUUCAUUGCUUAUUUCGAUACGUUAGAAGCAGAGAUUCAUAAAGACAUUGAUUAUAAAUAUAAAACCUGUACUGAGAUGGUGUGCCGAAACACAAACAGCAUUCAAUCCAGCUCAGACUCCCUGUCUACAUGGAAAAGUGAUCUAAAGUCACUGAAGCAACAUACAUCAGAAAUCCAUUUAUUCCAUGUGGUAAAAUGUCUUGAUGCAAAAACUUACCAGAAAGAAUUAGAAAUCAGAGAAAUCCAAAAUGCUACUCUUCCGAUACUUAAAUAUCAUUCGCCCGAAUCCGAGUCGGACAUUAGUAAACUAGUCCCAGACUUAGGUACAAUAACGGUAGAAAAUAUACAAAUCCAAAUGCCUUUACUAGAUAUUGAUCAACAAGGUCAAUUCCUCGUUAGGGACGAAAGAAAGUUAUCACUGAAACAUUCAUUCCCGACCAUGCACUUGGGAAAUGAAGUGAGUAUCGACAGUGGAUACUUUAUUCCUGAUGAAAAGUUACUACUCUGUCACUACUAUAGCAAACAACUUAUUGUGUGUAAACUUGAUGGAUCGAACUCAAGCAUGAUAAAUUUGGAUUAUACACCACAAAAUAUAAGCUUAUAUGACAAAAACCAUGCUGUCGUAUCUCUUGGGGGUGCAGGUAUCCAGAUCAUCGACCUGACAUCAUUGAAGCCUGGUAGAAAAAUUAAAAUUAAAGGACACUGUAGAAGAAUCACCUGUGUCAAAGAUAAGAUCUGGGUAAACAGUCAACCUUACACUCUAACAAUUGUGGAUAUCGAUGGUAAAGUUCUUAAUACAAUACAAACAACAUUUAAUCCAAAAGAAAUCUGUGCCAAUCAAGACGGUGAUGUCUCUUGUAUUGACACCAAAGGUAAUAAAGUAUACGUCGUUACGUCGGAUGGAAAAGAACGUGAGAUAUACAGCAGUCCUGAGCUGAAAAGUUCUAGUGGUGUAUCUGUUGACUAUCGUGGGGAUGUGUUUGUAUCAGGGGGUUUAUCAAACAACAUACAUAGAAUAUUUAAUGAUGGACAGAAACAUGACAUUGUCGUGACAGCAGACGAUGGCAUCAUUAUGCCGACUGGUUUAUCUUACAACAAUGAAACAAAAGAACUGUUAGUCGUUAACGAUUUUUAUGAAUAUAUCAAUAUUUAUAAAACACAAUAA